CGACCGCGUUGAAAGCUCCUUCGUGUCCCGACAACUGCGAGACAGACCGUACGUACUACGUAAACUACGGACUCGAGUAUAAUUACCUGUGGAUACAUCAACAUCAUCAUACUCUUCUUAGACUCUACCUAAAACUAGUUGUGCUCACCGAGCCGUGUGAUGUGUAUUUAGUUCCCUCUGACUUUGUCUAGUACAUACAUUUAUAGAUAGAUAUAAUUAUUACAACUAGAGUAAUGCCUAUCUAGAGAUACAUAGAUAUUGUGUAGGAAUACUGUGAUUUGAGUGAUAAGAUGAAGUGUAUGCGGGGUGGCCCCAGCUACUUGGGGUCAGUAUUCUCCGUUCUUUUCCUAUAUUGGACCGCAACUCUCGUCCUAGCCGACAUCCGAGGAUUAUCAGAACAUGAAGAAACGAUUGGAGCACCAAAUGAAGGUGAUCCUGGAGGUGCAGUAUGUCCUCCCGGUAUGUUCAGGUGUCCCGAGGGGAAAUGCAUUCCGUCGCUGUGGGUUUGCAAUUACCAGAAGGACUGCGAGAAGGGCGAGGAUGAAUUUCAAUCAUGCCCGGCCCCCGACUGCGAGCCUGGUCAAUUAACGUGCAGACAGUACAUAUGGAACAAAACAUAUUGUAUUCCACCCCAUUACCGUUGCGACAUGACAGUGGAUUGCAUAGAUGGUUCAGAUGAAACGGAAUGCACUUACAGGAAAUGCCAGUCGGACGAUUUCCACUGUGGUGUCGGUUCCGGUUCCGGAAGCCAAUCGAACCCCUGCAUUCCUAAGGAGAAACGGUGCGAUGGUUACGUGGACUGUAGAUCCGGCAAGGACGAGCAGGGAUGCAACGGUGUCGCCUGUAGAUUGGAUCAAUUCAGAUGUGCAAAUGGUCAAAAAUGCAUCGAAUCCAAUCAAAAAUGCGACCACAACAUGGAUUGUUCUGACAAUUCCGACGAGCUCGGAUGCAAUUUCCCAUUGUGUCACGGAGGGCAAUUUAGAUGUGCAAAUGCUUUGUGUAUACCUGGUGGUUUUCAUUGCGACGGUUACCGCGAUUGUUCCGAUGGUUCAGACGAAGUGAAUUGCACUGCGAUUCCGUGUCCAGAUAAUAAAUUCUUGUGCCCAAGAGGGGGCUCCGAAGGGAAGCCCAAAUGCAUUGCCAAGAGCCAAUUGUGCGAUGGAAAACGGGACUGCGAGGAUGGGGCUGACGAAGAGACCGCUUGCUCGAAAUUGUCUUGUCCAGCGCUAGGCUGUGAAUACAAAUGCCAGGCUUCUUUGACCGGUGGCGCCUGCUUCUGCCAGGAAGGAAGGAAAUUAGCGGCGGACAAUAAAACCUGCGUGGAUAGGAACGAGUGCAACGAAUGGGGAUUCUGUGAUCAAUUCUGUACGAACACGGACGGCGGUUACAACUGUGGAUGUGCCGCUGGUUACAUGAAACAGGACAAAAAUAAAUGCGCCGCAUUAAAUGCUAACGAACUGCAGCUCUUUUUCGCACACGAUAAAUCUAUUUAUAGGCUGAAUUCGAGGGGUGAAGAUAUGAAGAUCUUUGCCAACACGACGGGUGCCAGUGGCUUAGAUUUCCACUACGAGAAGAAUUUGCUAUUUUGGUCGGACGUCAAAACCAAGAAGGUCUACAGGCAGCCGAUGAAGUCUUCCGCUACGGGAUUGAUUAAUCUCAAUGAUGUCUACGAAAUUACCCUACCCGGCACAUCUUUACCAGCUGCCAUCGCUGUCGAUUGGAUCGGGAAUAAGUUAUACGUGGCCGAUUCCGUCGGCCAAAAAGUCGAUGUGCUCGAAUUGGACGGACGUUGGCAUGCCGUAGUUUUGGGAUCAAAUCUUACAAGUCCAGUGGACAUAGGUUUAGAUCCUUUGUACGGCUACCUGUUUGUCGCAGAUAGUUCCCAAGUACUUAGAGCGAAUAUGGAUGGCACAAAUGCUGUUGCUAUCGUAUCCGAAGCAGCUUACAAAGCCUCCGGUAUUGCAGUCGAUAUUAUUGCCAAGAGAAUAUUCUGGUGCGAUUCGUUGCUGGACUAUAUCGACACAGUUGAUUACGACGGUCAAAGAAGAUUCCAAAUUGUAAGAGGACAACCAGUACCAAGCCCGUCGCGUUUAGCUAUCUUCGAAAACCGAGUUUACUGGACUGAUGGCACAAAACAAGGGGUAAUGUCUGUCGAUAAAUACGAGGGCAGUCCAAGUAUUCAAAUGAUUUACAAAAUGCGUGACAUUAGAGAUCCGAAAGCCAUCAAAGCUGUUCACAGUUUAGCGCAAUUAAAGACCAGCAAUCCAUGCGGAAAUACUAAUGGUGGAUGUCAGCAUAUGUGUAUUAUUACGAAAACAUCUUCUGGACUCGGUUACCGCUGUGCUUGCAAUAUUGGUUGGCGUUUGGCUUCCGACGAAAGAAAUUGCAAUUUAGUCACCGAAUUUUUGAUGUACUCUCAGCAACGAUUCAUUAAGGGCAAAGUCUUGGAUCCCGUGAUUGAAGGGUUCAGCGAUGCCAUGAUGCCCGUAGUAUCAAAGCGCGCCCGUUUCGUCGGACUGGACUUUGACGCACGCGAUCAACAAAUUUACUACUCGGACGUUUUACAAGACGUUAUUUACCGUGUACAGAGAAACGGAACUCAGCGUGAGAUUGUUUUGGCUUCGCAAAAUGAGGGUGUCGAGGGUUUAGCCGUCGAUUGGGUUUCCAAAAAUCUCUAUUACAUCGAUAGCCGAAAAGGAACUCUAAAUGUAUUGUCUACAAGGAAUGUAACUUAUCGCAGAACUUUGCUUAAAAAUUUGAAGAGACCGAGAGCUAUAGUCGUGCAUCCUAACAAAGGAUACAUUUUCUUCUCUGAGUGGGACCGACCAGCGAACAUCUCAAGAUCUCACAGCGAUGGAUCUAAUUUAAUAGUCUUCAAAAACGUCACUCUCGGAUGGCCCAAUGGUUUAGCUAUUGAUUUCGAUCAAGAUAGGCUCUACUGGUGCGAUGCUUUAUUAGAUCACGUUCAACAUUCCAAACUUGAUGGAACUGACGUUAAAACUGUUAGCUCGAGAUUAAUCCGACAUCCAUUCAGCGUUGUUAUCUAUAAAAAUUUCAUGUACAUUACCGAUUGGAGAUUGGACGCCAUAAUUAAAUUGCACAAGUUAACUGGAGAGCAUGAAGAAACUUUGGUCAGGGAACCGCAAACCAACAGAUUAUACGGAGUUAAAAUUUACAGUCAAAAUGAGCAGAGAGUGGAUGACACUCAACCGUGCUGGAUUAACAAUGGCGGUUGCCACAAGUUGUGUUUUGCAAUGCCGAGGAAUGAUUCAAAAGGAUUGAUGGCUCAAUGCGGCUGCCCUUACGGAGAGAGGUUGAACAUCGAUCAAAAAACGUGCAUGCUCGACCCGAAUCACGAACCUCCAGUGCAAGCGUGUCCGAACAGCUGGGAUUUCACAUGUAAUAAUCAAAGGUGCAUUCCGAAGUCUUGGGUAUGCGACGGAGACAAUGAUUGCUUGGACAACAGUGACGAAGAACAAAACUGCACAAAACCAACUUGCGGAAGUAAUGAAUUUCAAUGCAAAACCGGCCGUUGCAUUCCGAUGACAUUCAAAUGUGACUCGGAAAACGAUUGCGGAGAUUUCAGCGACGAAACGGGUUGUGUAAAUGUGACUUGCAGUUCGUCCCAGUUCCAGUGCGAUAAUGGCAGGUGUAUUCCGAAUACUUGGAAGUGCGAUUCUGAAAACGACUGCGGCGACGGUUCCGAUGAAGGAGAUUCGUGUGCUGAAAAGACUUGUGCUUACUACCAAUUCACUUGUCCGAAGACAGGUCACUGUAUACCACAAAGCUGGGUCUGCGACGGAGAUGACGAUUGUUUCGAUAAACAAGAUGAAAAGGAUUGUCCACCUAUUACCUGCUUACCAAGUCAAUUCAAAUGCGCCGAUCUGCGGCAAUGCGUGCAAGAAAGCUACAAAUGCGAUGGAAUACCCGAUUGUAAUGACGGUAGUGAUGAAUUGGGUUGUCCUUCGAUAGCGCCGGAUCAAUGCAACAGCGAGAAGCAAUUCCAAUGCCAGUCGUCUGGUAUUUGCAUUCCCAAAUCUUGGCACUGCGAUGGAACUCCUGAUUGCGAUGACCGAUCCGACGAGCCAGCUUCAUGCGGUGUUGUCGACUGUCCCACAAACUUCUAUAAAUGUAGCAAUUCCAAAUGUGUUUUUAAGGCUUACAUUUGCGACGGAAAUGAUGAUUGUGGUGAUGGAAGCGACGAAGAUCAUACACACGCUUGCGUUCGGCCUCCAUUCCAAUGUCCUACCGGGCAAUGGUUAUGUCCUGGAAUUAGUGAAAGGUGCGUUAACUUAACCAGCGUUUGUGACGGAAAAUCGGAUUGUCCUAAUGGAGCUGACGAAGGGGAGGAUUGCGAUUUAGCGGAAUGCGAACAUCAAGCUGGAUUGUGCUCAAAUGGAUGUAAACAAACACCGACCGGACCACUGUGUAUGUGCCCGAAGGGUGAGGUUUUGACCAGCGAUGGCCAAAAUUGCGAAGAUUUGAACGAAUGCGAUCCACCUGGAUUAUGUUCGCAAACCUGUACCAACACAAAGCGUUCAUAUUUCUGCGGUUGCGUACCCGGAUACGUUUUAGAACCAAAUAAGCACUCUUGCAAAGCAUACAAUCACAGCGCGGCAUUCCUGAUAAUCUCAAACCGACAUUCAAUAUUGGUAGCUGAUUUGAAUGAGCAAGGCUUGGAAAGAGUUCCUAUCAUUGUUGAGAAUGUGGUUGCAACUGCAUCAAACAUGCACACUGGCACCAUAUUUUGGUCCGAUAUGAAAUUGAAGAAAAUUUCCCGAUUAGAUAGGGGAAGCGAGCCAGUUGAAGUUAUCAAUACCGGCUUGGAUUUGGUUGAAGGAUUAGCCUAUGAUUGGGUUUCAGGAAAUAUAUACUGGCUAGACUCUAAGUUGAACACAAUUGAAGUAGCAAGAGAGAACGGUUCUAAUAGAAUCGUACUGGUCAAAGAAAAUAUAACACAGCCAAGAGGAAUGUGCUUGGAUCCUAGCCCAGGUGCUCGUUGGUUAUUCUGGACUGACUGGGGUGAAAAUCCUAGAAUCGAACGUAUUGGAAUGGAUGGAACCAACAGAUCAACAGUCAUAAGUACCAAAAUUUAUUGGCCAAACGGACUAACUCUGGAUACUGCAAACCAAAGAAUUUAUUUCGCCGAUUCAAAACUAGAUUUCAUCGAUUUCUGUUACUACAACGGUACAGGAAGGCAGCAGGUUUUGGCUGGUAGCCAUUAUUUAUUGCAUCCGCACUCCUUAACUCUCUUCGAAGACACGUUAUAUUGGACUGAUCGACAAUUGAACCGCGUACUGUCAGCUCAUAAAUUCAAAGGAAAUAAUCAAACGGUUGUAUCCCAUCUAAUCUCUCAACCCCUUAGUAUCCACGUGCACCAUCCGUCGUUGCAACCUAUAUCAGAAAAUUCUUGCCAAAACGCACCUUGCCAGCAUAUCUGCUUAUUAUCCCCAAGUUCUUCAUCUGGGUACACAUGCAAAUGCAAAGCUGGAUUCAGAUUAACAGACAAAGGAGGAUGUACAGAAGAAGAAAGUUCGUUCUUGAUGGUGAUGAAAGGUGCACAAAUCAUUGACGUUUCUCUUACGCCUGGAGACCAAACCGCUGGAUAUCUUACAGCCAUCGUUGGAAUCGAAAACGGAAUUCAAAUCGAUUAUGAUAGAAAAUCAGAUACUGUUUACUGGCUGGAAGGGAAAAACGACGACGACGAAAACUGUACUAUUUAUACAACUCCAUAUGGAGGCGGCAAUAAAACGCAAUUCUUGGGCAUCAAUAGCGGAAUUGUCGGCUCUCCAUCGACCAUUGCAUUCGAUUGGCUUGGCAGGAAUUUGUUUAUUGGAAAUCGAAUUGCUAGCAAUUUGGAAGUUAUUCGUGUUGACGGCAAAGUUAAACAUAGAGCUAUUAUUUUGGCGAAUGACGGAAAUAAAACCUCGGUCGCUCAUCCAAGAUCAAUUUGUUUGGACCCAAUGGACGGUAAAGUUUAUUGGGCUGAUGCCGGCGGCUACGGCGUUCCCCCGAAAAUUGGCAAAGUCAACAUGGAUGGAUCUAACUCUAUUGUUUUGGUAGAUAAUAUUGAAACUCCGGAUGACAUCGUAAUCGACAUAGAAAAGAAGAUUAUCUAUUACAGUAUUCAAUAUCCGCCUUUAGUAGUAGCAAUCGAUGUAUAUGGAAAUGGUCGGAGAAAUGUUCUUUCUGAAUACAAUAAUAUCGCAAGGCCCAAGGCUCUGGGUGUUUUGGACAGUAGAUUAUACUAUUUGGAUCCAUCUUAUGAAACAUUAGUUCGCGUGGAUUUGCCUCAAGGAAAUAACCCAAGAGUUAUCUUAGAAAAUGAACCAGAUCUAAAAACCUUCACUAUAUUUAAGAAGAGGCAAUUUAUUGAUCACCCGUGCUUACAAAACAACGGCGGUUGUGAUCAGAUCUGCCUACCCGGUGAAGCGAGAACUAGAGUAUGCGCCUGCAGUGUGGGAUACAGAAAAGAAAACGAAAUUAACUGCAGUCCAUACAAAACAUUCCCAGUUGUGGCACAGUUGGACAUGAUCAGAGGAUUUAGUUUGAAGGACAGUUCCGAAGCUAUGGUUCCUAUUUCUGGUACUGGACAUCAUAUCUUGCAUGUCGACGUUCAUUAUGCUGAAAACUGGAUAUACUGGGUAGAAUUUAAUAGAGGUACUUGGAAUGGAAUCUUCAGAAUCCGACCAAAUGGCUCUGAACUUCAACCGAUCAUUCGGGAAGGUAUUGGAAGCAAUGGCAUUCGAGGAUUAGCUAUUGAUUGGGUAGCUGGAAAUCUUUAUUUCACGAACGUAUUUCCACAUGAAAAUUACUUAGAAGUUUGUUGGCUCGAUGGAAGCAAUCGUAAAGUACUAGUUAAGACAACAACAGAUUCUCCAAGAGAGUUAGCUGUGAAUCCGUCAAAGAGAAUUUUAUAUUGGAUCGAUUAUGGUCAGUAUCCUAGAAUUGGUAAAGCAAACCUGGAUGGUAGUAAUUGGGUACCUGUUGUGACUUCUGGAAUUAUGAUUCCUAGAGAUUUAGCCAUUGAUAUGUUGACCCACGAUGUCUACUGGGUUGACUCGAAAUUGGAUACCAUACAGAAAAUAUCUUAUACUGGAGGCAAUAGGCAAGUAAUCAGACGUAAUUUGCCUAAUCCUAUGGGUAUCGCUGUUCAUAUGGGUGAUGUCUAUUGGGUGGACAGGAAUCUCCAAACUGUAUAUAAAGCAUCUAAACUAUUUGACAACAACACUUUACCAACUAAGGUGCGAACGAAUUUACCUAAAUUAAGGGAUAUAGCAAUUUUCGAUAUAAGUAAUCAACCUCAAGAAGAUACAAACCCGUGUGUCCGAUUAGGAAAUGGCGGAUGCGAACAAUUGUGCUUUUCCUUCCCACAAGAUGUGACAAGCUUAAACCGAGUUAAUUAUAAAUGUGAUUGUGCAACCGGAAAAUUAGCUGCUGAUGGUAGAAAAUGUGAGUUUGUUAAUGAAUACUUAGUAUUUACAACAAGAACUGAGAUCAGGGCUAUUAAUUUGGAUCCGAAACAGACUUCAUUACCAUUCAAACCAAUUUCCAAUUUGACUAACGUAGUAGGAAUUGAUUUUGACUAUAUGGAUCAUACUCUGCUCUUCACUCAAAUAAGACCAUGGGCUAGAAUUGCUUCAAUGUCCUCGAAUAAUCCAUCAACCGAUGCCAUAACAAAUAUUAUUAACAAAGGAAUAAAUCCAGAAGGAAUUGCUUAUGACUGGACUCAAAGAAAGGUUUACUGGACCGACUCUUCAAAUCAUAGCAUUUACGCUAUGAACCUGGACGGUUCCGAUUUAGUGAUGAUUGCUAGAGUGGAAAGACCUAGAGCAAUUGUGAUUGAUCCCUGCAAUGGAACUCUUUUCUUCACCGAUUGGGGAAAAUUCGGAACUUCUGGAAAAAUUUUAAGAACUACCAUGGCUGGCUCCUUGAAGAAAGUUAUCGUAGAUAAGAAUUUAGCACAACCGUCUGGUUUAGCGAUUGACUAUGAAGAUCAAAUGUUGUAUUGGACGGACGCUGUUCGUGAAAAGAUUGAAAGAGCUGAUUUGAAUGGUCAGAAUAGAGAGAUUCUUGUGUCUGCAACAAUUUAUCCAUUUUCGAUCACAGUUUUUGGAAAAUACAUUUAUUGGACGGAUUUGCAAUUACGGGGAGUUUAUCGCGCCGAGAAACAUACUGGAGCUAAUAUGAUGGAAAUGGUUAAGCGUCUUGAGGACAGUCCAAGAGAUAUUCACAUAUUCUCACCGGAUAGACAAAGAUGUACCAUUAAUCCAUGCCGCAUCAAUAAUGGUGGAUGCGCUCAAAGUUGUCAUCCAGGACCAAACGGUACGGCAGAGUGUAAAUGUGAUGAUAACACAAAAUUGGUGAACGAAGGAAGGAUGUGCGUGCCUAAGAACUUCACUUGUGAUUCGACCAAAUUUUAUUGCGCUAACGGUAAAUGCAUCUCAAGAAUGUGGUCAUGUGACGGUGAAGAUGACUGUGGCGAUAACAGCGACGAAGAUACCAAUUACUGCUCAUUCCAUUCAUGUUCUCCAAACGAAUUUAGGUGCGAAAACGGUCGUUGUAUAUUCAAAUCAUGGAAAUGCGAUCACGAGAACGACUGCAAGGAUGGUUCCGAUGAAAAAGAAUGCGAAUAUCCUCCAUGUGCGGAUGGAGAGUUCACUUGCGCAAAUCAUAGAUGUAUUCCUAUGGCACAAGUUUGUAACGGUGUUAACGAUUGCAAAGAUAAUGUUACAUCGGACGAAACUCACGAGAGAUGUCCAAAUAAUACAACGUGUCCGAUAAAUCACUUGAAGUGCGAUAAUACGAAUAUAUGCGUCGAACCCUAUUGGCUUUGCGAUGGUGAUAAUGAUUGUGGUGAUAAUUCCGAUGAAAAUCUUUUACAUUGUGCUCAGAGAACUUGUCCACAAAACAGUUUUAGAUGUCCCAAUCAUAGGUGUAUUCCAGCGACCUGGUAUUGCGAUGGUGACGAUGAUUGCGGCGAUGGAGCUGAUGAACCACCAGAGUACUGCAAGAGCGAAGGCCGUACUUGCUUUGGGGAUCUAUUCACAUGUGAUAACGGAAAUUGUGUACCGAGAAUAUAUAUUUGUGACGGCGAUAACGAUUGCUUAGACAACAGUGACGAAGAUGUUAGACAUCAAUGCAAUGACAGAAGAUGUGACGAUGAAAACGAGUUCACUUGUGAAGCCAAUAAAGCUUGGGGAAGAUCUCAAUGUAUACCAAGGAAAUGGUUGUGCGACGGUGAUCCAGACUGCGUCGAUGGAGCUGACGAGAAUACAACUUUACAUAAUUGCGCCAAACCUGUAAAUUGUUCCGAAGAUCAGUUUACUUGUGCCAAUGGAAGAUGUAUUAAUAAGGGCUGGUUAUGUGAUCAUGACAAUGAUUGCGGUGAUGGUACUGAUGAAGGCAAAGAGUGCGCCUCUAAAUAUAAAACUUGUUCAACUAACGAAUUUACUUGUCAGAACUUCAAAUGUAUCAGAAACCAGUAUAGGUGUGAUGGAGAAGACGAUUGCGGUGAUCAUUCUGAUGAAGUUGGUUGCAAAAAAGAAAACAGCACAUGUAUUACCCCCGGUCAAUUCACAUGUAACAACGGUCAAUGUAUUGACUACCAAUUAGUUUGUAAUAAAGUGGCAGACUGUACAGAUGAAUCAGAUGAACCGCUACAUUGCAAUGUAGAUGAAUGCGCUAAAGUUGAACUCCAUCAGUGCGGACAUAAGUGCGUGGAUACACCAACAGGUUUCUAUUGCGAAUGUAACCAAGGAUACAAAUUAUUACCUGACGGAAAGGCUUGUGCAGAUAUUAACGAAUGCGUCGAAACUCCAGAGGUGUGCUCCCAGCACUGUUCAAAUACUCCUGGUGGAUACUAUUGUAAAUGCAAUGAAGAAUAUUAUGAAAGACAGAUUGAUAAGCAUACUUGUAAACGCAAAGACGCUACCGAGCCUUGGGUUAUUUUUACGAAUAAGUACUACGUUAGAAAUAUGUCCGCAGAUGCACACCAAUAUAAUUUAGUGCAUCAAGAUCUCAUGAACGUUGUUGCUAUUGAUUACGACUACCAAGACCAGAAGUUCUAUUUCAGUGAUGUAACUGCAAAAACUAUAUUCCGUUCAUCUAUUGAUGGACACGGUGAUAAAGAACCAAUUAUCAGACACGACUCGCAUGGAUUGGAAGGAAUGGGUGUUGACUGGGUCGGCCGUAAAAUUUAUUGGUUAGACAGACAUUCUAAGAACUUGGAUGUAGCUGAAUUAAAUGGAACUUGGAGAAAGACUUUGAAAACUGGCAUUGCCGAUCCGCGAGCUCUAGUGUUGCAUCCAGGAACAGGAUACCUAUACUUUUCAUCCUGGCAUUUACAAGCGUAUAUUGGUAAAAUCGGUAUGGAUGGAUCUAAUUUCACGAGAAUUUUGACUUGGGAAAACGACAUCGCCUGGCCAAACGCAUUGACCAUUGACUAUUUCACCGACCGUAUUUAUUUUGCGGAUGCUCAUUUGGAUUACAUUGCAUCUACCGAUUUGGAAGGAAGACAUAGGCAUAUUGUUCUAUCAGGAAAUGCUGUGCCGCACGUAUUUGCUUUAAGCGUAUUUGAUGACUAUAUUUAUUUCUCUGAUUGGAAUCUAAAGGCAAUUUCACGUGCAAAUAAGUUUACUGGAAAGGAUCUGACAGUUCUCAGACAGACAACUCAUAGACCGUACGAUCUUCACGUUUACCACAAAUUAAGGCAAUUGCCCUACACUAAUCCUUGUGGGACAAAUAAUGGUGGUUGUUCGCAUUUGUGUUUGGUUGCUCCACCAUUAGAGAGUAGUUAUUUGAAUAUUGAAGGAUACGGUGAAGAAGGUGCCACUAGUUAUAAAUGCGAAUGUCCAAAUCAAUUCUAUCUAGCUGAAGAUCACAAAACCUGCAUUGCAAAUUGUACAACCGGGCAAUGGAGAUGCGGCGGUAGCGAUGAAAAGUGUAUUCCAUGGUUCUGGCAAUGUGAUGGUGAAAAAGACUGUAAGGAUGGCUCCGACGAACCAUCAACUUGCCCACCAAGACAAUGUCGCGCCGGCACCUUCCAAUGCAAGAACGGAAAUUGUACACCAUCAGCAACAAUUUGCGACGGAACUAAUGAUUGCGGAGACGGAUCCGAUGAACAGAACUGUAAUUUGCCUUGUCCUGUAUUGGAAUUCAAAUGCAAGACGAACGGCCGUUGUAUAUUGGAUAGUUGGAAAUGUGAUGGCGACGCCGAUUGCAAAGAUGGUUCAGAUGAAGAUCCGCAAAUUUGCAGCAACAGGAAAUGCGAUAAGGACACAGAAUUCCAAUGUAGAAAUGGCAAAUGCAUUCCCAAAUUGUGGAUGUGCGAUUUUGAUAAUGACUGCGGAGAUGAUUCUGAUGAACCAGCAUACAUGUGCCGACAGAAGAAUUGUACAACCGGAUGGCAACGUUGUCCAGGCAAAUCCAAUUACAGAUGCAUUCCUAAAUGGCUUUUCUGUGAUGGUAAAGAUGAUUGCAGAGAUGGAUCCGAUGAAUUGGCUCAGAACUGCCCAUCUUGCAAUGUUGAGACAGACUUUAAAUGCGCUAAUAACAGAUGCGUUCCUAAACAGUGGACUUGCGAUUUUGCUGAUGAUUGCGGGGAUGGAAGUGAUGAAACCGAUGCCCUUUGCAAAGGAAACUAUAGGGAAUGUUCUGAAUCUGAAUUCCGUUGUAAUAAUGGAAAAUGUAUUUCAACACGCUGGAGAUGUGACCACGAGGAUGAUUGCGGUGACAACUCUGAUGAGAUCGGUUGCAGCGGAUUCCAAUGCAAAAACGGAACCUUCCAAUGCGCUUCUGGUCAUUGCAUAGCAUCGUACUUUAGGUGUGAUGGUGACCGAGAUUGCAGAGAUAUGUCCGAUGAGAUGAACUGCCCACCAAGAUACCCAGGAGGCAGAUACUGCCCUGAGUCUAGAUUCCAGUGUGACAAUAGAUUGUGCAUCAGUCAAGCGGAUCUUUGCGAUGGUGCUGAUGAUUGUGGCGAUGCAUCCGAUGAGACUCCGGCUCUAUGCACAAACUUUAACUGUGAUGCACUGAGAAGAUUCCAAUGCGCAAACCACAGAUGCGUACCACGAUACCAGCUUUGCGACGGAAUCGACAAUUGUGGUGACGGUUCCGAUGAAAAUAAUAUGACGAUGUGUGCUACAAAAAUAAAGCCUUGCAAUUCCUUUAGUCAAUACCAAUGUGCAAAUAAGAAAUGUAUAGAUAGAAUUCAAGUCUGCGAUUUUGCCGAUGACUGCGGUGACAGAUCUGAUGAAUUAGGCUGCCACCAUAAUAAUACUUGUUCGUUCAACAAUAGAGGUGGAUGUGAACAUUCAUGUAUGAACCUCACCAAUGACGGUGGUUACAUUUGUAAUUGCAAUUCUGGUUAUAUUAUUUCCAAAGAGAAUCCGAAGAAAUGUUUGGAUGUUGAUGAAUGCGCGACCGGUGCACACCACUGCUCGCAACUUUGUACUAAUUUGAAUGGAACCUACAGUUGCGCCUGCCACGACGGUUUCAAAUUAUCUGAUGGGCAAUCCGGUGUUUGCAAAGCUGAAGAGAAUGAAAUCACCUUGCUUUUUGCAAAUGGACCAGAAAUUAGAGCAUACACUUUGAAAGAAAGGGAGGAAAUCGACGUUAUUAGUGAAGAGAAGCGCAUUGAAGCUUUAGAUUAUAACCCACUGUCUAAGAUUAUCUUCUGGGCCGAUAGCUACGACAAAACAAUAAAACGAUCGUACAUGGUUAAUGCUUUGAAUGGACAAGUGAAAACUGGUUUCGCUCAAGAUUUAGAAAUGAAAGGUAAUUCGAAACCAACUGCAGUAGCCGUUGAUUGGAUCGGUGAUAAUUUAUACUGGACGGAAAUCGAUCGAGCUGGUUCUAAACCUAAAGGUAAGGUGCUGGUUGCCAAAACUGACGGCAGAUAUCGCAGAUCUGUAGUAAACGUUGGUUUGGAAAGUCCAACAUCGCUGGUCGUCGAUCCGCAAUUGGGACGUAUGUUCUGGACAGAUGGUGGCUCGGCUCCAAAGAUUGAAGUGUCUUGGAUGGAUGGCUCCAAACGAAGACCAUUAAUUACUGAAAACAUAAGACAUCCAACCGGUUUAGCUGUCGAUUACACGAUGGAUCACACCUUGUACUGGGUAGACACUAAAUUGAAUACAAUUGAAACUAUGAAAUACGAUGGAACUAACAGGAAGACAAUAAUUAAAGGAGAAAACUUGAAACACCCUAUUUCCUUGGACGUCUUCGAAUCCAGCUUAUUCUGGGUGGCAAAAGACACUGGUGAACUUUUGCGGCAAGACAAAUUUGGAAGAGGCGUUGCAGUCGUCAUACAACGCGAUCUGGUUAAUCCGUCAGGCGUCAAAGUUUAUCAUGAUUUGCGUUACAACACCUCGAUUAAGAAUCCAUGCGGUUCUGUUGAAUGUUCUCACUUGUGUUUGCUCGUUCCAAAUGGUUACAGGUGCCUUUGUCCUGAUUCGCCAUCAUUGAUUCCUCACCGCGGAAAAGCCGAAAUCAUCUGCGAUGCCGGAAGCGAAAAACCUAGGUCGCUUCCCAAAAUAUGUACAUGCCUAAACGGUGGCCUGUGCAGAGAAAAAGAAGACAAAUUGGUCUGCGAGUGUCAAGAGAACUUCCUCGGCGAAUUCUGUGAAAUUCACACUGCUCACAGCAGAACUCCGAGUGGAUCAAAUACCGCAACCAUUCUCAUCCCUAUCUUUGUAAUUUUACUUGUGAUCGGUGCGGCUACCGGCGUAUGGUUCUACUUAAGGAAGAGGCCAUUUGGAAAGGGCUCUGGUUUGGGCAGUUUAUCCAGUAGCCAAACAGUAUCAUUCCGGCAAGGCACGAACGUUGAAUUCGGACCAAACACAUUCAACAGCAACGGGACCGGAGGUGUUGAACCUUUGGAUGUGGCUUACAGUUUAGAUCCAAUUAAUAACAAGAAUCGAGAUUUCCAUAAUCCGAUGUACGAUGCUGUCCAAAAUAAUCCCGAUGCAACUGGCAAUGGAAGUUCAGCAUUAUAUGAAGUUCCUGUUGAUGUAGCCAAAUCGAAAAGUGAUACGUUUACAGAACCCCCGAGUGCGAUACUUGCACCCUCCAGUGUAAUACAUAGGUCAUCACCGCAGAUCAACAUCAGACACCGCGAACUGGAUCCAUCGGCUGACACUGGCAAGGACACUCAAAAAUUAGUGGAAGAAGACUGCUGAUAUAAACCUAAACUAUCAUUAAGCUAUUUAUACUGGUUAGUACUAACAUAUAUUAAAAAGUGAUUGAAUUUAUUAUUAUUAUUAAUUAUAAAACAAUAUUAUUAAUGAAACAGAGAUUACACACUCUCUAUGUCUACUACUUCUGUCUAUUCCUUACUCUACUUUUUUUUCUCUAUAUAUCUAUGUUGUGUUUAAUACGAAUGAAAAAGUUUUAUUGAAUAUUUUGUAUUAUUUAUUAGUUUUAAUGACGACGAAUGUAAAAAAAAGAUUAGUUUUUAUAUAAAUAUAUGAUAUUGUUAUUGACUUAUUUUCGAAAUGUUUGUGGUGAUGUAUCAAAAUUUUGUUUCGUUCGUGUAAUUUGGGGAAUUCUAUUUUCUUGUUAUAAUUUAAGUGCACAAUUGUCGAUAUCAUCGAUAACUUCGGCUCUUCAAAUAUGAAGUAUCAACAUUAUAUCAGAGGUAUUUUUGUACACACGACAAACCGCAAGGUAGAAGUUGAAUCGGAUAUUGAGAAAAGUGCCAUUAAAAAAAA